AUGGACUUGCAAGAGAAGCUUUUCUUCGCAGCACUUCUAAUUCUUGCAGCGCCCAUUCAUGGAACGCAGGCAGACACUAUGGUCACUGGCACUGUCUUCUGUGACCAAUGCAAAGAUGGACAGAGAUCCCUCUUCGAUUAUCCUGUCAAUGGUGCAAAAGUAACUCUGUCAUGUGCCGACAGUAACGGGCAAAUUACAAUGUCAAGAGAAGAAACAACCAAUUGGUUUGGAAGCUAUACGAUGAGGUUUGAUGGUGCACCCGACUUGAGUGGUUGUUCUGCCCAUGUCUCAGGAAGUGGGCAAGGGUCAAUGGGUUGUGGUGAAGGGGCUGGUCCUUCCCAGAAUCCUAAACUCAUGUUUAGGAUGUUUGACAUGGAGAUGUAUACGGUGGAUUCUCUCCUUGCUCAGCCUACACAACCCAUGCAGUACUGCUCAAGAUCUUCCAACCCACUGCCAGCACCAGUCACACCACCCAAGUCUCCUCCACAUUUCAAGCUACCUCCAUUGCCAGAAUUCCCUCCAUUACCGACACUACCACCACUACCAUCACUACCACCCCUACCACCAGUGAUCUUUGCAGAGGCUUCAGCAUGUCCAUCAGAGAUGUGGACGAUGCCAGAAUACAAAUGUUACUGGAGGGGUGUGAACCGGGACACUAAAGUAGCGGUGGCUUUUGGAAUGGUUGCGGCAAGGAGAUAUGGAACAGACAUUACACUGUGGCAUGGAUUGCAAGGGAAAGGAGAUCCUUACAGGACUCUUCUCAGAGAAGGGAUCACCGCACUUCUCAACUCCUAUAACAGCUUUCAAUUCUCUUAUCAUCCACUUGGCGUGGUCGAACACAUGAAUUUGGCUUUGAUGGGUUCAUCCAGGAGUGUCCUCCUUACUGCGCUACGCUUCAAGAGGGCCAAUUCUGGUGCUGGGAAUGUCACCUGCAAAUUCACCUCUUGCAAAUAA